CCUGCCAAGUUGGAAUUUACGGGAAAGGCAUGCUCGCUUCCAGACGUCGUUCGUACUCCAGCAGUUUAUGAAUAUUCAGCUCUCUAAAAUAUGGUUGGUAGCAUGGGCAGGGCGCAGACUUAAUUCAUAUCGUGGUAAGAUUGAAUCCAGUUGCUACAUGUUGGCGAGUUUUGAGCAAUCUGCGAGCUGCUUUGUUGCUAGUAACUAGCCUGUACACUUAUCAUAACUCCUAACAUUGAUUGUCCAGUACCUAGUUAGCUAGUUAAAUGGCGACUAAUCACUGUUGAUUUACAUGUUAACAAAUCACGGCUGGGAAACAACUAAAAGUAACCGGAACAAGUAAGUUAGCUGGUGGACUUGGUGACCUUCCAGACUCCUUUGAAUGGAUACGCAAUAGUACUGAACCCGAGCGUCAUUCCACACAUUUAUGUCGACUUUUAUUUUUGAUUUAAUAUUAAAUUGCAAUAUGCCUCGACGUUCUGUGGCACACUUGGUGUGUCUUGGAAAUCAGGUGGCACACGGAAGUUUAGUUCACACCAAAUCUCGUAACUUCUCAUCCAAACCAAAAUAUGGAUUCAAACCCGGGAAAGUAGCAGUGGUUACCAAGACGACCCGGUAUGAGUUCGAACAACAACGUUAUCGCUAUGCAGGUCUCUCUGAGGAGGAUUUGAAACAGCUGCUCGCUAUGAAGGGUUCCAGCUACAGUGGCCUGCUGGAAAGACAUAACAUUCACACGAACAACGUGGAGCAUAUUGUGAAAAGCCUGCAGAAAGAAGGAAUUGACGUGCAAGUGGUGAAGAGGGGUGAAUAUGAUGCAGAAGUAGUACAAUGGGCAGAUGCCAUCAUCUCUGCUGGAGGUGAUGGGACAAUGCUACUUGUCGCCAGUAAGGUUUUAAGCAAGGACAAACCAAUUGUCGGCGUAAACACAGACCCUGAAAGGUCAGAAGGUCAUCUGUGCUUACCUGUUAAGUACACUCGCAAAUUCCCUGAGGCGCUUGGGAAGCUCUCCUGUGGUGAGUUCAGAUGGCAGUGGAGGCAGAGGAUUCGACUGCACCUUGAGGGCACUGGCAUAAAUCCAACUCCAGUAGACCUGCAUGAGCAGCAGCUGAGCCUGGAGCAGCACAGCCAAGCCCAUCGCAUCACCACCAUGGACAACAAACAGAAGAUGGGAAUACUGAAUGAGAGCUUCUCUAAGGCCAGUCUUCUUCCCAUCAGGAGCCUGAACGAAAUCUUCAUUGGAGAGUCUUUGUCCUCAAGGGCGUCCUACUAUGAGAUCUCGGUGGACGAUGGCCCAUGGGAAAAGCAGAAGAGUUCAGGGCUUAGCAUUUGCACAGGAACAGGAUCCAAAGCCUGGUCUUAUAAUAUCAACAAACUUGCUGAACAAGCAGUGAAUGAGAUCCUAAAAAUAGGAAAGUAUGAGACUGGCCUUGAUAUUCCACUGAACCCCCAGUUCAUUGAGAAAGUUACUGACAAGUACAACGAAUCACUGGUGUUCAGUCCCGAAGACAGACGUUUGUUCUUCAGCGUUCGAGAGCCGAUCGUCAACCGAGUGUUCUCCAGCAGCCGGCAGAGAGGCUUCGCUAGCAAGUCAGUGGCCAUUCCUCCAUCUUACAAACGUGAAAGAGUCGAAAGAGUGUGUGUUCGCUCUCGGUGCUGGGACGCAUGCAUGGUGGUGGAUGGCGGGACGUCGUUUGAGUUCAACGACGGUGCCAUCGCAACAAUCAGCAUGAGCGAGGAGGAUCAGCUCCGCACCGUACUUCUGGAUAACUGAGACGCCGGCUUCUACUACGACACCUAACCACUACUGCAGCACCUGCUCAGACCAAGGGUUAAGGGAAGUACUGGUACCUUUUAUUUAUUACACCCCCACCUCCCUCCCUUUCUAUAUGAAACUGGAAAAGUUUUGUCCAGAUAUUUUUGGUAGAAAGUUUGAAUUUUUGUAGCUAAAAACUCAGAGAGGAGCAAAUAAAGUGUGCAAAGUAGAAGAAACCAAAGGACAGGGGUGUCCAAUACCUUAGUAUUACCUUAGGGCGGGGGGCACUAAGGUAAUAUGGUUGUUUUGGAAAAUUAGAUUGCGGAAAAAAUUACGUUGUGAGAAUCAAGUCAUCAUCACAAAAUGAAAUUAUACAAGAAGGAAGUUGAAG